UCUAUCCUGUUCAAAUCCAUUACUUACUGUGCAUUUGUGUGUGUUCCACCAGUUUAUGAAAACCCUUCUGCAACAUAAAAACGUUCAUGUUCGAGACGGAGACGGCCAGAAUCCCGGCACCACGGAGGUUCAUGCAGUACGAUGCCGUUUCGAUGGAAUGCAAAGUGACAUCGUUAUCGUAAGGGCGCCAUCUUUUUACACCGAAGGCCCAGAUGCGGAGAAGACAUUGAAAGCGUGGAUGCGCUCAAACUAUCCUAAACCAUGCAGAGCGGUUGGAGUGUUGUACUUGCAUAACCUUGGGUUCAGUGCAGGUGACGCAAAUAUGAAGGUCUCGAAACAUCUUGGUGCUUUUCGACGUACAUGCCAUCGAAAACUCAUUCCAAGCGUCAUUCGUGCCGUCCCGACUUUGUCCCACGUCACGUCUAACGAGAUAAUCGACACAGUAACUCAAUUUCGACGUCAAGCCAAUGAUGAAGGUGUACAGUUUUGUAGCACCUUGCCUGACGGAAAUCCCUUUGAUGGAAAGCCUGAGACGGCGUGGGGAAUCGUCCAGGACCUCUUGGCAUCCUGCGAUAACGGAAGCGUAGGAGUUCCUAGAGACAACCCCGCGGGCUCCGUUGGGAAGGCAGAGGUCAAGGAUAUAGCUGAGAAUUGGGUACAUCAAUUAGCUCCGCCAGACCACGCACAACAUCAUCAUACCCUCCUGCCGGAUGGAUGGAGGUCUUGCCUCAACCUCGCUGACUCCCUUUACAAAGAGUUCCUACAACAGGGUUUGGCGGAUGACAUCGAUAAGGCCAUUCGCGCCGCGCAUAAAGCAUUGGAGCAAUGCUCUUCAGGACACCCUGGUCAACCGUUGUCUCAGGAAUGUCUUGCACGUUGCCGGAAAGCAAAGGUCGCCCGGGCUCGUCCAAAGGAUGCCGGGAUUGGUUCUUCAUCUUCCGAUUCUUCCGAUAUCAAGAAUUCCAUCAAAGAAGGCUUUUUCGAAACUGUUGCAAACCUUCCGCCGCGCCUGUUACAUACUCCGACGGGGGUCAUCUGUAACCGAGAUACCCAACUAUCUUACUUCGAAGGUAGUGCUCAAUACGAGCGGCUCCUGUCCUCAGCCUCUUCACUCACCAGGCAGCAGCUCCAAACGGAGAUCGGUAGUGCGGUUACAGAUUUCUUUCAAAUUGCCAUGCUGUCUCACAGGUGGGGGAGUGGCGAGCCCUCACUACGCGAUGUCGAAGGCAAAAAUAUCUAUGACUUGCGGGGCACGGACGGUCUGGAAAAGCUCCAAAAAUUUUGCAUUCUUGCUCUCGAAUGUCAUUUCGAGUGGGCAUGGAGCGAUACAUGUUGCAUCAACGCAGAAAGCAGUGCCGAACUACAGGAAGCGGUUGGGUCUAUGUUUUCUUGGUAUCGUCGGUCUGCGCUGACGAUCGUGUACCUUUCCAAUGUCCCCGAUGGUGGUUCUUUUGCCGAUUGCACUUGGUUCGAGCGAGGCUGGACACUCCAAGAACUGUUGGCUUCACCCGCCGUCCUAUUCUACAUGAACGACCCCUGGUCACUCUACAAGAACAGUGACAGCGCGAAUCACAAAAGAGAUCCUGCUGUUCUUGAGGAGCUCCAGAAUGCUACGGGAGUAGCAAUACAGCACCUUGAAAAUUUUAAUCCCGGCGUGGAUGACGCGCGAACCAGACUCCGCUGGGCAUCAGGUCGUAAAACCACUCGGCCACAGGAUAUUGCCUACUCCCUUUUUGGAAUCUUCAAUGUUCACUUGCCAGUCAUCUACAGCGAACCUGCGGAGCAUGCACUCGGACGUCUCCUGGCAGAGAUCAUCACACGUUCUGGAGACGUUUCAGUUCUGGAUUGGGUCGGGGUGCAGUCGUCAUUCAAUAGUUGUUUGCCUGCCAACCUCGCACCGUAUCGCUUGAUGCCCCAGGACCGCUCAACCCCUAACGACCCUAUUAGACGCAAUGCUCCGGUCCUUGCAAAGGCACGGGAGUUGUACAGUACUCUUGCAGCAUUACCACGUGCCGGAUUUGUCAAUAGCAGGCUUCAGUUACCCUCCAUCAUCCACAAGGUCACCAACAUCAGCGAGCAAAGUUUCUCGACCAGCUCCUCGCAUUAUACAUACAUGAUUCACGCAUCACGCCUUAGGCCUGCCAAUAUCACACUGUCGCACCAACUUAGUAAUAAGGCCAGCGCAUAUAUCCUUGUCCGUCCUUGGGAUCCAAAAUCACUGGAAACGCAGACCGAGAGCGAUGACGAGGCUGCGUGGGAGCAGUUGGAACGGCUGAGGCAGCCGUUCAACGCGCUCCUACUCGAGAAGUUGCAUCACAACGAAUACAAGAGAAUUGCAAGUGACUAUAUGAUUACCGCCUAUGUUCAGGACCUGGCCAGCAUCUUAGAUACCGAAGUACUGGUACUAGGGAUUGUAUAGGCAUGCUCAUGACGCACGUUCCU